UAUAAGCUGAAAAUUAGUAUCCGCAAUGACUGUACGUUUCAUUGUUUCAUGGCUCCCGUCCUUGGCUACUGGAAAAUUCGUGGGAAGGGUCAAGUAAUCCGGUUACUUUUGGAACACCUCGGGGUUGAAUACAAAGAGCGACUAUAUGACCAACGAGAUGCAUCUGUAUGGUUUGAAACAGACAAGCACGCAUUGGGUCUAGAAUUUCCCAACCUUCCAUAUUUUUUAGACGGAGACUUCAAAUUAACGGAGUAUUGCGCCAUUCUGAGGUACAUUGCAGAAAAGUAUGAUACAGUUGGAAAAACCUUACAGGAAAGAGCAAAAGUUAGCAUGCUGGAAAGCGCCGCGUCCGAGUUACGUGUUGACAUUAUCAAGAUGGCAAUUAGCGCCCAUAUGGAAGAUGAAUGUGAGAAAUUUUUGAAAAGGGUGCCAAUUAUACUUAAACACUGGUCAUCUUUCCUUGGAGACAAACCUUUCCUAUUGGGUGACUCACCACUUUACGUCGACUUUAUGCUGUACGAAAACUUGGAUGUGCUGUUAUAUUUGGAACGGGCCAUUUUGGAUGCGACCGAAAAGCUGGUACUUUAUAAGAAACGAAUUGAAGAGCUACCCGCAAUUAAAGCGUACAUGAAUUCUGAAAGGUUCAUCAAAUGGCCCCUUCACGCUUGGCACGCAGCCUUCGGAGGCGGAGAUGCACCUCCAGCUCAAUAGAAACUACACUUUGACACAAUGUGCCCCAGCCAGUUCGUUUGCUGAAUG